AGCGGGGACCCGGGCGGACCGGGCCCGGCCUGGCUGGCACCGAAACCCUUGUAGCCAAGCCACCUGCGUUAGUGGCGACGCGGGGGAGCGCGGGGCCAGGGACUGUGGGCCUCAGGGAAGCCUGCUUCGGGGGUGCGGCUGGUGACAGGAGUGCUCGGGGCCUUCACCUGGGACUAGUGCCAGGAAGACGUGGUUUUCAAAGUUUAUAAUGAAAACAUUUGUCAUUGGAAUCAGUGGUGUGACAAAUGGUGGAAAGACAACACUGGCUAAAAAUUUGCAGAAACAUUUACCUAAUUGCAGCAUCAUAUCUCAGGAUGAUUUCUUUAAGCCAGAGUCUGAGAUAGAGAAAGAUAAAAAUGGAUUUCUGCAGUAUGAUGUGCUUGAAGCACUUAACAUGGAAAAAAUGAUGUCAGCCAUUUCCUGCUGGAUGGACAGCCCAAGACACUCUCUGGUAUCAACAGACAGAGGAAGCAGUGAGGAAACUUCCAUUUUAAUCAUCGAAGGUUUCCUUCUCUUUAAUUAUAAGCCCCUUAACACUAUAUGGAAUAGAAGCUAUUUUCUGACCAUUCCUUAUGAAGAAUGUAAGAGGAGGAGGAGUACAAGAGUCUAUGAGCCUCCAGACACCCCAGGCUACUUUGAUGGCCAUGUGUGGCCCAUGUAUCUAAAGCACAGACGGGAAAUAGAGGACAUCACCUGGGAUAUCAUUUACCUAGAUGGAACAAAAUCUGAAGAGGACCUCUUUUCACAAGUGUAUGAAGAUCUAAUACAAGAACUGGCAAAACAAAAAUGUACGCAAGUAGAAGCAUCUAAAGUUUGCAAGUAACAGUAUAAAUAUGAAAUGCACUGAAUCCUUCCUGGGAGGAAACUCAAAGUAAUAUAUUUAAGUACUUUAACCAAGAUAUAAUAUGAACUUUGGUAAAAGGACAGUUGGUUGGUUUGUUCAUUUGCUUGUUUUAUCACAAAGGAUUUCUCCAACCUGUGGAACAGUAGUUAUCCAUGGGGGGCAGGAAUUUACCUUACUCUUAUUCCAGAGAGCACAUAGCUAUAGUAUAGGUCACAAAACAGUUCCUACUAGGCCAAUGAUUGUGUAUGUGUAUACACACAUAUCAAGUAUCAUAGGACAUGUACCUCAUACACAAUAUACUAUGAUAUUUUUCUAUUUUUAAUAAAAGAACAUAAUGGUUCUUUUAUUGGUUACAUAUUGGUUACCAUCCCAUACCAAUGCCCAUCUCCUGCAAAUGAUGGCAUUAUAAGAGUAGCAGUCACAUUGAAUAAACUA